UGCCAGUUGCAGGGAUUUCCAAACUCCAAAACUAAACUGAUCUCCAGCAUGGAGAGAAAGGAGGAAAAACAGAAUCUGGAUACAAAAAGCCCUCUGGAAGAAGAGAUCUCAGAAGGCAUUGGCUUGGAAUGGAGUCUCACAGAAGACAAAAUGGCUUCCACUGCCAUUACUGUUGCCACAGCCGCAGUGGCCGCCGUGAAGACCAUCACUGGGAUCCAGUCUCGCAUCUUCACAAGACUGGCCAUGCGCCAGAAGUUUCUGAGGCGGGAACACGAUGACUUGGAUGAGCUUGAGCAGCUGGUAGAAAAUGCGGCCACUGCACGCCUCCGGGCCAUAGUUGAAUCGAGCAUUGACUCUUUGAAAGCCAUGAUGUGCUCCUGUCUCUUCCAGUCACCAGCUGUCCUCGCCGGCUUGAUAGACGAGCUGUAUAUCAUGGAGCGUGCCUUCUGGGUGCAACCAGGCCGCUCUGAGUGGUGGGAGAAAGUGGUCUUGCCCCACUGGGAUGACCCUCUUUGGCAAGAGAACUUCAGGAUGAGCCGGCAAACAUUCAUGGAGCUGUGCAACAGGCUGAGGCCAGUCCUUGAGCGGCAGACCACCAACAUGCGUGCCCCCAUUACUGUAGAGAAGCAGCUGGCCAUUGCUGUCUGGAAGCUAGCGACUCCAGAUAGCUACAGGUCAGUGGCAGAGUGUUUUGGUGUGGGCCGCUCCACAGUCUCGAGGAUAGUCAUGGAAGUUUGCCAGGCCCUUUAUGACGUUUAUCACCACGUGGUCCACCUGACCCAUCCCCACAAGGUGAUGAAAGGGUUUGCAGCCAAAGGCUUUCCUCACUGCAUAGGGGCCAUUGAUGCAACACACAUUCCUAUCAUUGCCCCUGCGCACCGAGCAACAGAGUACAUCAACAGCAAAGGCUAUUACUCUAUGGUCUUGCAGGCCCUGGUGGACCAUGACGGCCGAUUCACGGAUGUGUAUGCUGGGCGGUCUGGGAAGGUGCACGACGCAAGGAUCUUUCGCAGCUCUCCUAUUUUCCGUGCCAUGAAUCAAGGCACAUUUGGUCCCAAUGCCAUUAUGGAGAUAGAGGGUGAGCAAGUGAAACCAGUGAUCCUCGGGGACCCUGCUUAUCCUCUCCUGCCGUGGCUAAUGACUCCUUACUGCGGCCACUUGGACACCAGCAAGCAGCGUUUCAACAACACCCUGAACCGCUGUCGAACAGUGGUUGAAUAUGCAUUCGAUCACCUCCGGGGCCGUUGGCGGUGCUUGCUGUCCCGCCUAGACGUGAGGGAGCGCUAUGCGCCCAGGGUCAUUGUGGCCUGUUGCAUAUUGCACAACAUCUGUGAGGCCAAAGGGGAGCCCCUUCAGGAUGGGUGGGAAGAGGUGGUGAGGUCUGUCUCAAGGUCAUACCAGCAGCCAGAGCGGCAGCCGGUGUAUGUGUCAAAUCCCCACGCUCAGGAGAUCAGAGACCUUUUCAGUGCGUACUUGCAAAGGAGAGAGCAGGGAAACUAAAAUUUGUAAUUGUUCCCCACCUCCAACAAAGAAGCUUUGCUGCAGGUAUAAGAAGAAAAAUGCACCUCUUUCGUAACAACUGCUGUUGACAUUUUUGAUAGCAGCUAUUGAUUUGUAGCUUUCCUGCUCUGGGUUCUUGUCAGUCUAUAAUCCUGGCCAGAUACCUCCAUCCAGCUCACUGAAUUUUGAGCGUUUGUCCCUUCGAGACUGGAUUGCCAUUGUGUGGGUGAAGCAUCUGCUGCCUAGUGGUGGCCCUGCCUGGCUUGAUGAAGGUGGCCUUGGCCGUGGUGCCAGAGCUCCCCCAGCUUUUCUUCUUGGGGUUGUGCUGUAUAGAGUAGCUCAGGGCUUAUUCACCAUCAUGCCCCAGCUAAUGUCAAGCUCAGUGUAUCUAGCAGGUCACAUACUGGCUUUGACGGUCUGGACAGGUGAGGAUAGCAGUGACCUGGGAGUGGAGAAAGGGAGGGAUCCUUUUCUAUUUUUACUCCAUAUUCAGGAACAGAUCAGUUUCUGGUUUGAUUUAAGUUUAAGGAAGCACAGCCCUUGCAAGGAAGGAGAAUCAGUUAAAAUGACCUGCCCUUGGGGGAAUGGUGGCUCCAAAGGGAUCCUAUCAGCUUGGGUAUGUUUUCCACCUGAGAUCCAGGUGGUGUCGCAGUUAACAUCAUCUGGGAGAUCCCGAUUCAAAACCCCAUUUUUCCAUGGAAAGUUGAUAGACUACCUUGAUCUAGCCACACACUGUCAGCCUAUUCUUCCUUGCAAGGUUGUUGUGAAUAUAAAAUAGAGGAGGGGAGAAAAUUGUUGCAUCAGCGUUUAAAUGAAUAUGUGACCAGCAAGCAUGCGGCUGAUUUGGUGGGCAUCUGGAAUUGGGAGUUUCAUAAGAGAUGGAUAUGAUUGUUCCCUCUGCACUCUUACACAUGAUUGAACUCUUCCAGGGCCCUGGUUCUCAGCACAACUGAAGGCUGUGAAGCAGCCAGUGGGACAAUAGUUGGGGUGAUAGGGCAGGAGAAAUUGGUUUGAAUCUGACCAGACGCAAGGAAGAGCAUCUCUGCUGCCACAGUGGAAGCAAAGAAAAUACCACCACAGCAUGCGUGCAUUGCUGAUCAGUGAGGGUGGACAGCAUGGUGUAGUGGUUAGGAGCAGUGGACUGUAAUCUGGAGAACCGGGUUUGAUUCCAAACUCCUCCACGAGCGCGUUGGACUCUUAU